AUUUUAAAGUGAGGUGGAUGUAGUUUCAGUGCUCAAAAGUUGCAUUGCCCUCUUUUUCCACAACUCUGUUCUCUGCAGACAUGGAGUAUGAAGACUACACCACAGGCACCCCUGACAUUGUUUUGGAUGUGAACGACUGGUUAUUUGACCUCAUAGACGAGUCCAAUGUUUGUGAUCCAAACCCUUGCCACAAUGGUGGCUCGUGCCAAAGUAAAUCUGACACAGAAUUCGCAUGCUUAUGUAUUGAGCCUUACAUAGGCAAGAGGUGUCAAAAAGUCAGAAACGUGUGUGAAAAUGUCAAAUGUGGUCGUGGCGACUGUGUCGUCAACCUAAAUAAAUACCCAUUUUACGAGUGCAAGUGCACGCCUCCAUUCCAAGGCCCAGACUGCAAAUCAUUGCCAGCAUCUCCCUGUGACCCCAAUCCUUGCCAGAACGGAGGUUCUUGCAUAAAAAAGGAACGUCGUUUCCGCUGUGCUUGCCCUGAUGGAUAUACUGGCCGGUUCUGUGGAACUGCUCCCAGCGACUGUUAUGAAGGAAAUGGAGAGACAUACAGGGGUGUGGUCAGUAUGACACAGGAGGGGGUGGAGUGUCUGGACUGGCAUUCGAAUUUCAUUUUGUUAAACGGGGAGGAUCCUUUCCAGAUGUACUCUGACUUCCCUGGACUGGAAUAUAACAACCACUGCAGGAACCCAGAUGGGGAUGACAAGCCGUGGUGUUUUUAUAAACAGCAAAACAAACUGCAGUGGGACUACUGCAAAGUCAAGAAAUGCUCUGAAGUUCAGCCCAGUCCACCUACCACAGUCAAACCAGACCCAGGCUCCCAGUUCUCCCAGUGCGGGAUGUCCCUGCCUUCUCGCACCAGCAGAAUCUACGGGGGCAGCAAGUCUUUCCCCGGCGCCCACCCCUGGCAGGUGUCGGUGCAGGCCAGACCCAAAGGCUCGUCCUUUGGCUUUCGCCACCUGUGUGGUGGGAGCCUCCUCUCAUCCUGCUGGGUCCUCACUGCUGCUCACUGCAUUGAACCUGAUACUGACUACCAAGUGGUUUUGGGAGGAGUGACCCUUGACAAACAGGAGGAGAUGGACCAAACCAUCCCAGUAAUACAAACAAUUGCUCAUGAGAACUACAGGCAAACUCCUGCAGCAGUGUACAAUGACAUUGCUCUGCUUAAACUCAAAGUUAUGGACAGUCCUUACUGCGCAAAUGAAACUCGCUUUGUGAAGUCAGUGUGUCUACCAGACCAGACCUUCCCAGCUGGGAAGCAGUGUGUGAUCUCUGGAUGGGGAGCCACUGAGACCCAGAUAUACAGCAAACAGCUGUUAAGUGCUCGUGUUUUGCUGAUAUCUGACGAACGAUGUAAAGCUCCUAAUGUCUAUGGAAGUGUACUGGACAACAGCAUGCUCUGUGCAGGGACGUUACAGGGGGGCAUCGACUCCUGUCAGGGUGACUCGGGCGGCCCGUUGGUGUGUGAGCACAACAGCACGCAUUACAUCACCGGGGUGGUGAGCUGGGGCGAUGGGUGCGGUCAGAAGAACAAGCCCGGCGUCUACACCAACGUCUACACAUUCAUCGACUGGAUCAAGAGCAAGAUGAACUGAGCAACGUUACUGACACACCGCCCUGAGAAAAAGAGACGACAGCUCAGUUUGCCUUGAAAAAAGAAAACAAAAACCUGUUUAUUUCAUCAGCGAUAAAACCAAAGCAUUUACUCCGAGCCCAGCUUUGAGUUAAAAGAGGCACCGUUACAAAGCUGAACCUGCCAGACACGUCAUUUCAGUAAGCCUACACUUCUCUCUCACUGAGCCUAGCUCAAAGUGCACCUUAUUAUCAGACCUCGUGAGGAAACAGCAUGUUUUGCACGGCUGCAACAAGGUUCUGUCUGUGCCUCGUUCAUUUUGAACUUACAGCGCGUGUUCUCUAAAGAUAAAAAAACGCAAAUGAUGAAAAAAUCCUCUGAAGAGCUGGCCGUACAGCAAUCUCUGGUCCAGCUGUCUAUCUUCUGAACACACUCGGUAUACAAAACCAAAUGCAAAGUCUUCAUCCAGCAUUUCGUACAGUAUUACUUUUAUCCUACAACAGUCUGAAUUCAGUUUUUGCUUUAGAAACACUUGCAUUCAAGUUGAAAAUAAAGUUGUUUUUUUUUCCUGAA